AGGCAACACAUGAGAAGCCAGCACCUAAACACCUCAAGAGGACACGUGGAGGAGAAGCAUCACCUGCGUUGGAAAACUACAUAUAACUUCUUGCAUCAGGAUUUUUUGACACCUUAUUACGACAGAAAGAUAUAAAUAUCCCAGAAGCAGAAGUAAAGAUGAAAUUAUUAGUCAUCCUUUGUGUCUUUGCAGCAGUCACUAUUGAGCUUGCUUUUCCAAAGAAAUGGUAUAAAAAGCCGCCAAGCCGUCGGCACUCUAAUCAAGACGAUUCUUCAGAGGAGUGUCAGUCCGGAGAUGGCAGCAGUUACAGGGGAAGUAUUUCUAAGACAAAGACUUCGGGUCGCUGUCAAAGAUGGAACAGGUUCAGAAACCCUUGGGGGACCUCAGCUGGACUCGGAGAUCAUAGACACUGCAGGAAUCCUGACCAGAGCUUGAUGCCAUGGUGUCGUGUCAGACGAGGGAAGAGAGUCGUGAGAGAAUUCUGUGACAUUCCCAAAUGUUCCACAACAGUCCAACCCUCGGUUGCUACGGAUACAGAACUGACGUGUGGGGAAAUGUCACAGCGGAUGAUGCACAGGAUUGUGGGCGGUUCGUUCGUGGCUAUACAGUCGCAGCCGUGGCUCGCGGCCAUUUUUCAUCAGCGCUCCAAUUUCCUUUGCGGCGGCUCGCUUGUUGCGCCAUGCUGGGUGCUGACGGCUGCACACUGCUUGCCCGAUGGCGCGGGGACCAACAUCCAACGUCUGUCGGUGUUCCUGGGGAAGAGCGCCAUCAAUGAAACAGAUGAAGUCAACGAGCAGAAGUUCACAGUGGAAAAAGUGAUCCUUCACCAAGCAUUCAAUGCCACCACCUACAACAAUGACAUAGCUCUGUUGAAGAUUAAAAGCAGUAAUGGCGGCUGUGCCGUACAAACAGAAUCUGCACGCACGGUUUGUCUUCCUCCACCUCAUACUCAACUUCCUGUUGGCUUCCAGUGCAUCACUGCUGGGUUUGGGAAGCAAAAAUCCCGGGGCUGGCAGUAUUCUCAGUACUUGAAAGAGGCUCGUGUGAACCUUCUCUCCCAGUCCGACUGUAAAAAAGAUCCUGUCUACGACAAUCUGAUCACUGACAACAUGUUAUGUGCUGCGGGACCCAAUUGGAGCGCAGAUGCUUGCGAGGGCGACUCUGGCGGUCCGCUGGUGUGUGAAGCAUCUGGUCGGAUGUUUCUCUUCGGCGUAGUGAGUUGGGGUAUCGGCUGUGCUAAGGAGAACAAUCCAGGGGUCUACACGCAGCUCACCAAUUACAACAACUGGAUUGCAGAAAAAACAGAGCUCCCGAAGUAUGCAGAAGGCGUCAUGUACCCCCAAAAAUGAAGGCCUGCAAACAAGAGUCCCUUGUUCUGAUGAUCAUUUCCAAAAAGGAAUAUUGGACAGCAGAAUUGAAAACUGCUUGUAAGCGUGUAUACAUGUCGCCAUGUUGGUUUACUGUGCACGGAGUGGCAGCUGAUGGGCAUCCCUGGCUGUGGACAGAGACAAUUCCUUUAAGGAUUGACUGUCAUCUUCCUUUAGGAAUGUUUUGAUUUAGUGUAUAUAUUGUGUUGGAUGUGCUGUGUUUUGUUAUUGUUUUUUUUGUACACUAUUUAAGAAACUUUUUUUUAUAUAUAUUGCUGAGCAUAUUAUAUAGAAGCCUUAUAUUGUCACUUUUAUAUUUUUUAAUAAAUUUAAAUGCUGUAAAUUCACAA